UCCCUGUUGGCAGGCAGGAAGACGAGCCUGGACGGAGGGUCCCCAGCUCCUCCAGCACCGAUCCACUUGGACACCCACCCUUCGGCACCCUUGCCCGUCUUCUUGGCAGAACAGAACCAGGCAGGCAGCUGGUCCCAUGGAGAAGGCCCACGGAAUAUUCGACAAUACGCUGGGGGGCUUCCUGAGGCCCCAUCCAGAGCCCCGAAGCUUCUCAGGCCGGGCUGGCGGGAUGGGAAACAUCAAGACCUUGGGGGAUACGUACCAGUUUGUGGUGGAUGUCAGUGACUUCUCCCCCGAAGAUAUUAUUAUUACCACAUCAAAAAACCAGAUUGAAGUGCGUGCUGAGAAGCUAGCAGCCGACGGGACCAUCAUCAACACGUUCACCCACAAGUGCCAGCUCCCCGAAGACGUGGACCCCACAUCGGUCACCUCCACCCUGGGGGCCGACGGCUCCCUGACCAUCAAGGCAAGGAGAGGCCCGGCCAAACAGCCCGAGCAAGUGCAGCAGACGUUCCGGACUGAAAUUAAGAUCUGAGCUCCGGGAGCAGUUCGGGCAAGCGGGCAGGGAGUCAGGCUGGUGUGGGUGGGGGCGGAAAGCAGAUCUGCCCUUGGUGUUCUCCUCCGUCAACAAGAGAUGUUUUGUUUGCUGUCUGUGGUUGAAGGUUAAAGGGAUGCGGGCGGCGAAGGGCCUGAGCGGGCCAGAGCUGCCCCUCCCCUUCGAAAACAGAAAGAAGGCCGCUGCUUUCUGCCAGCAGGAACACCAAAGCCGGAGCUGCGUUUUCCGCUCUGUAGCCACCGUCUUAAUGUUUUUGAGUGCUGAAGGGACAUACUGCUGGAAAAACAAAAAAAGAGAGGACGGUGAUAUGAAAUUUAUGCGGCAAGGGGUCAAUCCCACAGCGGAGCUUCCUUCUGGGGAACGUAUUUGGGAUUACUGUUUACUGAUUGCUUCAAGUUAAAAUGUUACACGUUAAUGUGCCGUGCCGCGUUCGGCAUCUUCCCUUCCCCGCUGCCUUUGCGCCCCCCUCCAAAUCCAGCUACAUCCACAAAUGAAAAUGUUGAGGAGAAAGAAUGAUGCAUAAACGUUUAAACUUUAAUCAUA